GUGUUGGAGGGUUAUAUUUGGGCAGCUGCCGCUUUCUGAGAAAAAUUGAACUGUUACAUCGCCAAGAAUCCUUUUUUUUUUUUUUUUUUUUUGCAUACAAGCCCAAUUAAGUUAUCAAGCUUGGGCGUUACUGCAAAAUAUAUAAGAUACAGGAAGGAAAACUUAAAUUAAAAGCUGGAGAUGACAUCUGAAGAUUUGGGUCUUGGUCAAGACAUCAGUCAAGAGGAGCUGGAUUUUUCAGACCUGUUUCUCUACAAUGCAACUGGAGAAGAUUUUCCUGUUGGCUGUGAAAAAGAUGACUCAGGCGCUCUCCUUCAGAAUAACCAGCAGCCUCCUCUGCUGGUGGUCGACCACCACACCUCUUACAUCUCCACCUCCAACCAGCCAGCUUCCAGUCAGAACCCCUCCACUCAUAGCUCCACCACAGAACACCUGCCAGAGGCAGUGCUGGACUCUCUGGGGUUGACAUCAAGACCAGGGACUAUCCCUGCUCCCAGCCCCAGGAUUGAAAUCACUCCUUCAGGUGACUCCCUCAACUCUCAGACCCUGGAGCCAAGCCCUGGCACCAAAGCUCUGGGUGCAUACAGGGACUGCGUGAGCCCUGCCAGCAGUAACUCCUCCACAGGUUGGCCUCCAGAGGCGUACUCUCCUGUGGUCUCACCCUGCAUCUCUCCUUCUGAAGGAAACAACUGUGGUGUAACAUUGGCUGCCUUAGACCUCUGCCCAGGCCUCCAGGGCAUCAACACCUCCUCUGCCCACUCCUCUCCUGGAGCCUCGCCUAGAAACAGCAUCACAGAUGAGACUUAUCUCCUUCCCCAGCACCAAAGCACCGCCUCACCGCUCACUCACCAGCGCUCCCGCUCCGUCUCCCCACAUGGGAAACGCUCCUAUGACCUCACUGGUUCCUGUCAAGGGGGCACUCCUGUCAAGCAGCGAUCCAGGAGCCCCAGCCCAAUCCCCUCACCUCAUGAUCAACAGGGUUCGUACUAUCCCAACCAGUAUGCACCCCAAGCUGAGUUCCAGCCCCAAGUUCAGACCUUAACUCCAGGUCUGGAGGAAAUGCUGAGCAGUCUCAGCUCUGGUCUACCCAGAGCAAUGACCUCUGCAGGAGUGAGAGAAGCACACGGGCAGGUCCAGAGACAGGACUGUGCUUUUAGAGAGGGGUUCGACUGGGUCUUAGAGCAGGAGAGGAUGGGCCGGGCAGCAGCUCCAGAAGUCAAGACUGAACCUUUUUAUGUGAUUCCCGCUGUGUGGCCUACUCCACAUCAAGUCCACCAUGGUGCAGUCCACCAUGGUGCAUUCAGUGGUCUCUCCAUGGCUCCACUUCCAUCUUUAGAGUGGCCGUUGCCUAGUCGGACACCUCAGUAUGAGCUUCUCAUCCAGCAACAUCCCAAGUCUUACCACAGAGCUCACUACGAGACUGAGGGCAGCCGUGGGGCUGUGAAGACACCCAACGGAGGACAUCCAGAAAUUCAGCUCCGAGGAUACCAAGGCACAGCUCCACUGGGGCUGCAAGUCUUCAUAGGGACAGCUGAUGAGAGGCUCCUUAAACCGCACGCCUUCUACCAGGUCCACCGCAUCACUGGGAAGACAGUCACCACACCCAGUAUGGAGAGGAUGAUCAACGGGACCAAAGUGUUGGAGAUCCCCUUAGAGCCAAAAAACCACAUGAGAGUGAUGAUUGACUGCGUAGGAAUCCUGAAGUUGAGAAAUGCUGACAUUGAACUGAGGAAUGGUGAAACGGACAUUGGGCGGAAAAACACCCGAGUGCGUUUGGUGUUUCGUGUCCACAUUCCUGAAUCUGGAGGCCAGCUCGUGUCCCUUCAGGUUGCAUCUGAUCCUAUUGAAUGCUCCCAGCGCUCGGCUCAGGAGCGCCCCGCAGUGGAGAGACAGGACCUGGACCAAUGCUCAGUACUCGGUGGUCAACAAAUGGUCCUUACUGGACAGAAUUUUACAUCAGACUCCAAAGUGAUAUUCUCAGAGAAGACUCAAAAUGGACAGCAAAUCUGGGAGGUGGAGGCUACUGUGGACAGAGACAAAACACAAGCUAAUAUGCUAUUUGUUGAGGUCCCGCCGUAUCGAGACAGGGCCAUCUCCCACCUAGCAAAAGUCAACUUCUACGUCGUCAAUGGAAAGAAGAAAUGCAGUCAGCCUCAGCACUUCACCUACACUCCUUUAACAGCAAUCAAAUCAGAGCCACUCGACGACUACCCUCUGAAUUCCUACGUUUACUGCGACAAUCAGACUCUCUCUGGCCUGUCAAUGAAGUCCCUCUACCAUCCUCUUGAGCAGGACAACAACCAUCAAGUCUUGAAUGUUUCCCCAACACUGUACCAUCUAACCACUGUGGACCCCAGAGCUCACAUGGUAAUCCCUGACCGGCUGGAUGACCAUCCGGUCUAUUACCAGUCCAGAGCCAGCCCUCUGAUCAGCAACCCCAUGGUGUUCCAAACAGCAAAUCAACAUUACAGCAACUGUGGUACCUCUGGCAGCGCCAGAGCCCCUGUGGGAAAGCUGGGAGAAUAUCCUUUGGCUGGAGAUUCAUUUGAGGCCAGUUUUGUUUUAAGACACCAGGUGCAGACAGCGCUACCACUGGGGAAGUCGCCACCUUCAACAUAUGUUCAAGGUCAAACUCAAGUGAAGGCUGGAAGUCAAGUGGAGGCUGGUAGCCAGGGUUUGACACAGAUCAGCGUCGGUAGAGGAAACCAUGAAGAACGAGCUCCUGAGAGGGUUGCCAUCAAACAAGAGAUCAACCGCUAUGCUUACCUGGAGGAUGUGAAUGACAUCAUAAGAAGAGACCUGAAAGGACAUGACGGAGAUUGAUCCUAUAGAUCUGCGGCUGCUUAUCAAAAAUAAAAUCAAUGAGAAAAUAAGAUUGUAUUAAAGGCAAAUAAGAGGGGCCCCUAAAGGUCCAUCUUUUUUUCAAGAUGAUGGCGUGUUUCUGUGGAUCUGAUUGGUGUAGUGGUGCAUGGGUUGAAAUUAACCCUACAAACCACACUACAUCACUUAACAUUUAAACCAGGAGAGCAAUUUAAUAUUUCCAUACAAAGUAUAUAUCCCUAUUGAAGUUUGUAGUACAUAUCAUACCUUACAUUGUGGAUCUGUUUUUCUUUAUUUUAAGCUG